GGAGCUGUGGGUAACCUCAUCAACGUUAGAACAUUCGUUGCCAUGGGAAUCUGUGACGGGGUGAACGUUGGUUUCACGUGGCUGGCGGCGUCUGACCUCGCGUACGUCGUCUUUUCCCUUGUCGAUUCGUUCGCGAUGAUCUUCCGGGCGACGGAGGGUCUAAGCGCGUACAGUGUUUGGUUCCCCGUGGAGCCCGGGGCCGUCCAUCUGUACGCGAUCAACGUCGGCAACGGCUUGUACAGCCUUUCGGUGAUGACGACGGAUCUGGUCACCAUCAUCCGAUGUCUGAGCGUCGUGAGGCCUUUACAGUUCAGGAAAAUUCCGUCGUGGCGCAAAAUGGUAAUGACCUUGUCCGCCAUGACAACUUCUUCGCUGGUCUCUGUAAUUGCGUUAUUCAUUUACAUGGAUAUUGUUCCGAAAUUUGAUGUGAACGUCAAGGCAAUCCGACUCGUUCUCUGGAUGUCGCCGAAACGAUUUGAAGUAAGAUCUUACAUCUUUGGCGUCAGGGACGCUUUCUUACCGUUUUCCUCACAAAUCAUCCUGGUCGUCUGCUCCAUCAUCAUGGCUGACGCGCUGCGCAAAGCCUCCAAAUUUCGCCAGAACCACUCGACAUCUCCAAACGUCAGAACAGCGUCAGCGACAUCUCUCGGUGAAGCGGGGUGGACAAAGCGCAAACCGGAGCACGGCCCUGGGUCAACAUCAACGCUUGGCGGGCAAGAGCUUCAAGUCGUCCGGCAGAUGCUGCUGAUCUCUUCGGUGGCGCUCUUGUGCAACUUGCCAAAGGUGUCACUGGGCAUCUGCGGCAUUGUCAUUCCGGACUUCACCACGAGUCUCGUCUACUACAACGUGUACAACGUUCUGCUUGGCAUCAGAGAACUGUUUCAAACUCUCAACGCCAGCUUACAUUUCCUCAUUUACUGGAGCAGCAAUUCCAAAUUCAGGAAACACUGCAUGACAUCCGAAGUGAUUCAAUGA